UUCUCAAAAUUACAAUGGGUGAGAAUCAUGAUGAUGGGUUGGGUUUGGGGUUGAGUUUGAGCUUGGGAUUUGGAGAAAAUGCAAGUAAUCAGCCCAAUUUCAACAUGCACAAACCUCCUCAAUCUGUUCCAAACCAAAGGGCUUCCCUCAGUAACUUGUUCCAUUUUCAUGAUCGGAGCGCCGAGACGAGGUCGUUUCUCCGCGGAAUAGACGUGAACUCGGCGGCUACGGCGGCGCCUGUGGCAUGCGACGACGAGAACGGGGUUUCGUCGCCGAACAGCACGAUAUCGAGCAUCAGCGGGAAGCGGUGUGAGAGAGAGGGCAAUGGAGACGAGAACGAGAGAGCGUCGUGUUCUCGCGGCGGAAGCGAAGACGAUGAUGGAGGAGGAUGCGGCGGAGACGGAGACGGUGACGGAGACACAUCGAGGAAGAAGCUGAGGUUGUCGAAGGAACAAGCCAUGGUGCUGGAAGAGACUUUCAAGGAGCACAACACUUUGAAUCCGAAACAAAAGCAAGCAUUGGCAAAGCAGUUGAAUCUGAUGCCCAGACAGGUGGAGGUGUGGUUUCAGAACAGAAGAGCAAGGACCAAGCUGAAGCAAACUGAAGUGGAUUGUGAAUACUUGAAGAGGUGCUGUGAAAAUCUAACUGAAGAGAAUAGGAGGUUGCAAAAGGAAGUGCAAGAGCUUAGGGCAUUGAAACUAUCCCCUCAGCUCUACAUGCACAUGAACCCUCCCACCACUCUAACAAUGUGUCCUUCAUGUGAGCGAGUUGCUGUCUCAUCUACAUCCUCCUCCUCAGCCACCAUGCCCUCUUCCCCGGCUCUGGUGAAUCGCAACCCGCUAGGCCCUACCAUCCAGCGGCCGGUGCCGGUAAACCCUUGGGCAGCAAUGUCGAUUCAACACCGAACCCGGCCAUAAUUGUUCACUCCUGGUCCUGGCUGUAGGGUAAAGUUGAGGAUGGAGACUGGGACAUUUUAGCUGCUAGAGAGAAAUGAAUGAAUGCAAUUGGACUGGCACUUUGUGUGUUGGUUUACUAGGAAUUGAGGUGAUGACUAUGGUUGAUUUACUCUUCUUCUGUCUAGGCUUAUUUUAUUUUGGGCCUAGGUAGAACAUGUUUUAGUCAACUUUAGGAUGUGUAAAGCAUGGACAUGUUAAAGUAGGUUGUGUUUUCAUAUGCA